CAAGAGUAACCGCCACUUCCAUCACCAGUGAACGGACGAGAAGGACGGCGAAAGGGGUCGAGCGUCACAUUUCCAGGCAGGCAGAGGCUUGGACGGGGCUGAUUGUGAUGUACUAAGCAAGGAGCUUUUCUUUGGCGUUCACUGACACACAUUUCUUUGGGGCACAAGAAGAAGACUGUUUGGAUAAGACUCCUGGAAGGCAGAUUUCUUGACUUGAGCGGGAUUCUCUUCCCAUCUAACCAUGGAGAACGCUCACACCAAGAGUGUGGAAGAAGUUUAUAGUAAUUUCAGCGUCAACGAGAGCACGGGACUGACUUUAGACCAGGUGAAAAGGAAUAGAGACAAAUGGGGUCCUAACGAGUUGCCUGCAGAGGAAGGAAAGUCAAUAUGGGAGCUUGUCAUUGAGCAGUUUGAAGAUUUACUUGUGCGGAUUCUUCUACUGGCAGCUUGCAUAUCUUUUGUAUUAGCCUGGUUCGAGGAGGGGGAGGAAACUAUCACUGCCUUUGUGGAGCCUUUUGUAAUCUUACUGAUUCUUAUAGCUAAUGCCAUCGUCGGCGUUUGGCAGGAACGUAAUGCAGAAAAUGCCAUUGAAGCCCUCAAAGAGUACGAGCCAGAGAUGGGCAAGGUGUACCGUCAGGACAGGAAGUCCGUGCAAAGGAUCAAAGCCAAAGACAUCGUGCCUGGAGACAUAGUGGAGGUCGCUGUGGGUGAUAAGGUGCCUGCCGAUAUCCGUAUCAGUGCCAUCAAGUCCACCACACUCCGAGUGGACCAGUCUAUUCUGACAGGCGAGUCUGUAUCUGUCAUCAAGCAUACUGACCCCGUGCCGGAUCCCCGUGCCGUCAAUCAGGACAAGAAGAACAUGUUGUUCUCAGGAACCAACAUUGCUGCAGGUAAAGCCAUCGGCGUAGUGGUGGCCACAGGUGUGAACACAGAGAUCGGUAAGAUCCGUGAUGAAAUGGCCUCCACCGAGCAGGAGAGGACGCCGCUGCAGCAGAAGCUGGACGAGUUUGGCGAGCAGCUCUCUAAAGUCAUCUCCCUGAUCUGCAUCGCCGUCUGGAUCAUCAACAUCGGCCACUUCAACGACCCCGUCCACGGUGGCUCCUGGAUCCGUGGCGCCGUUUACUACUUCAAGAUCGCCGUGGCUCUGGCUGUAGCUGCCAUUCCUGAAGGUCUGCCCGCUGUCAUCACCACCUGCCUGGCUCUCGGCACUCGCCGUAUGGCCAAGAAGAACGCCAUCGUCCGCUCUCUGCCCUCUGUGGAGACUCUGGGCUGCACCUCAGUCAUCUGCUCCGACAAGACUGGCACCCUCACCACCAACCAGAUGUCCGUCUGCAGGAUGUUCAUCAUAGACAAGGCUGAAGGAGAAAACUGCUCACUGACUGAAUUCACCAUCUCUGGCUCCACAUAUGCUCCUGAAGGAGACGUAUGCCUUGACAACAGAAUCGUGAAGUGCUCCCAAUAUGAUGGUUUGGUGGAGUUGGCGACCAUCUGUGCCUUGUGCAAUGACUCCUCCCUGGAUUUUAAUGAGUCCAAAGGUGUUUAUGAGAAGGUUGGAGAGGCGACAGAAACGGCUCUAACCUGCCUGGUGGAAAAGAUGAACGUCUUUGACACUGACGUCAGGAACCUGUCAAAGAUCGAGCGAGCCAAUGCCUGCAAUGCUGUGAUCAAGCAGCUGAUGAAGAAGGAGUUCACCCUCGAGUUCUCCAGAGACAGAAAGUCCAUGUCUGUGUACUGCUCCCCAAACAAAGCCAAAUCCUCCUCUUCUAAGAUGUUUGUCAAGGGAGCUCCAGAAGGGGUGAUCGAUAGGUGUGCAUAUGUCCGUGUUGGAGGAUCCAAGGUUCCUCUGACUCAGGGCAUCAAGGACAAGAUCAUGUCUGUGAUCCGCGAGUACGGGACUGGCCGGGAUACCCUGCGCUGCCUGGCACUGGCCACCCGUGACAAUCCGCUCAAGAAAGAGGAGAUGGUCCUGUCAGAUACCGCCCGGUUUGCUGAUUAUGAGUCUGAUCUAACCUUCGUGGGCUGUGUGGGCAUGCUGGACCCUCCUCGAACAGAAGUAGCGGCCUCCAUCAAGCUCUGCCGCCAUGCUGGGAUCAGGGUCAUCAUGAUCACCGGUGAUAACAAAGGCACGGCCGUGGCCAUCUGCAGACGCAUCGGCAUCUUCUCUGACGAGGACGACGUCCACCGCAUGGCUUUCACGGGACGCGAGUUUGACGACCUGUCGCCCCAUGCCCAGCGUGAGGCGGUCACUGUGGCCCGCUGCUUCGCACGAGUCGAGCCUUCACACAAGUCCAAGAUUGUGGAGUUCCUGCAGGGCUUUGAUGAGAUCACUGCCAUGACAGGAGAUGGUGUGAAUGAUGCCCCUGCCCUGAAAAAGGCAGAGAUUGGCAUCGCCAUGGGCUCUGGCACUGCUGUGGCCAAGACAGCCUCGGAGAUGGUCCUCGCUGAUGACAACUUUUCCACCAUUGUGGCCGCCGUUGAAGAAGGCAGAGCAAUCUACAACAACAUGAAGCAGUUCAUCCGCUACCUGAUCUCCUCCAACGUGGGAGAGGUCGUCUGUAUCUUCCUGACCGCUGCAUUGGGUUUCCCUGAGGCGCUGAUCCCCGUCCAGCUGCUGUGGGUGAACCUGGUGACUGACGGCUUGCCUGCCACCGCUCUAGGCUUCAACCCCCCUGAUCUGGACAUCAUGAACAAGCCCCCCCGAAGCGCCAAAGAGCCCCUCAUCUCCGGAUGGCUCUUUUUCAGAUACUUGGCCAUCGGCUGUUAUGUGGGUGCUGCUACUGUAGGAGCUGCAGCCUGGUGGUUCAUUGUUGCUGAUGAUGGUCCAAUGAUCACACUUUACCAGCUGAGUCAUUUCCUGCAGUGUUCUCCCGAUAAUCCUGACUUCCAGGACUUGGAGUGUCACGUCUUCGAGUCUCCUUACCCCAUGACCAUGGCCCUGUCUGUGCUCGUCACCAUUGAGAUGUGCAACGCCCUCAACAGUCUAUCCGAGAACCAGUCUCUGGUGCGCAUGCCACCCUGGGAGAAUAUCUGGCUGCUGGGAGCCAUCUGUCUCUCCAUGUCUCUGCACUUCCUCAUCCUCUAUGUGGAGCCACUGCCGGUCAUCUUCCAGAUCACUCCUCUGAAUGUGACGCAGUGGAUGAUGGUGCUGAAGAUCUCGCUGCCUGUCAUUCUCUUGGACGAGCUGCUCAAAUUUGUGGCGAGGACCUACCUGGAGCCUGGUAAAGACCUGAAGGAGGAAAAGGAGGACAGGAGAGGCUGGUCCUUCUCUGCAUGCACUGACGGCGUCUCCUGGCCCUUCAUAGCUCUCACACUCCCUCUGGUGGUGUGGCUGUACAGCACUAACAUAACCCAGCUCUUCCGGCACUCCUGACUGAUCCCAGACCUGACUCCAAAUAACCAGAGACACAACAUUCAUUAACAAGGAGCAACAAUUACCCUUCACGUUUGCACACGCAUCCAAGCCUUGUUUGAAUUUUUAUAUAUAUAUAUACAUAUAUCUCUAUAUAUAGCGUAUUGCUGUCAGAAAAUAAUGUUUUUUUAUUAUUAUUAUUAUUACAUUUUUAAGCUUUUUUUAUUAUUAUUAAGUGUAUAUUUUCUCAGGUCGCUUUUUUUUGAAGGUUUCAUGUCCAGAGAGUGAAACGUUUAUCAGAUUACUUUGUAUAUGUUGGGCUCUCUUUAGCUGGAGUUUGCGUAUGGACGUUUAUUUUGACGUCAACCGUCAUUUCUGUUCCUCUUCGUCGUGAGGAAAUCAUUUUGCUUGAAGUAGAUUUGCAGCUACCUCAGUUUCCGUCAGUUGCUUACUAAGAUAGCUUUUAUUUUUUAUGCUCUAUGGAAGACUAGCCAGAUGCACUUGUUCCCUUCUACUACAACACUAGCUAGUUUGAUUUGAUGAAUGCUUCAGGAUGAAAGCUGUUUUUGGAGAUGUUUACUUUACCAUGUGUUUAUAGGGACGGUGUAGUGAUUUCUAAUAUUAUAGAUGAAUUAUUUUUAUUGUAAUGUACAUGUCUGUAUAUAGUAGUAAAUGAACUGAGCACAAAUGAU